UGAGUCGGUGAGUGAGGAUAGAUUAAAGGGUCUGAAAGUGUGAAGAGUGAUGAGUUAACAGAGUGGGUUGAGGAUGUCGAUAGUGCCAAUCAAGCAGGAUGGUGAGGGCGAGGGGUCUAACUCUUUGGUUGAUGCAUUCUUGGGUUCCCGUAUGGAGCUGUGGGACCCCUUCCACUUCAUGCCCGCCCCGUUCUCCAACAUGUUGUCGGGUUUGGGACUCGGGUCAUCGGUGAACACCCGCUUGGACUGGAGAGAGAAUUCGAAGGCACACGUGUGGAAGGUGGUGCUACCUGGGUUCACGGAUGAGGACGUUCUGGUUGAGCUCCAAGACGAGAGGGUGCUUCAGGUGAGCGUGGAGAGCGGCAAGUUCAUGAGCAGAUUCAAGGUACCUGAUGACGCUAACCUUGAGCAACUCAAGGCCAAUAUGCACAACGGGGUUCUGCUUAUCACUGUUCCCAAGUAUCAACAAGCCUCCAACAUUAGGGUCGUUGAGAUUGAAGGCUCUGAUUGAUUCCCUGUUUGCUUGCUUAUCACUGUAUGUUAAGAAUGUAUACCAUAUGUGUGCGGUUUAACUAAUGUAUGUAUGAAAUGUUAGUGUUUACCAGUUAGUUAC